GGCUCUAUGGAUAGCGAGAUCCCAGCUGAGAAAUUUGGGAAAUGUCAGUGCGAGACACACCGUGCCGACAGCAUCCUGUACCAGAUCCUUAAGAAAGAGCACGGGGGUGAGACCAAGUGGCACCAGCAGUAUCACGGUCCCUACCGCUCCACGGGAAGCCGAGGCUGCUCUUGUGUGGACAGGAGAAGAGUUGUCCUGAAAACACCAGAAGCCACGUGCAGAAGAGCUUCCGAAGUGCUCUCAAAGACUUUAACUUUUAUUAGAAACCUGCCUUCUUUUUAUCACAUGCCUUGGGAGGAUCAGGUUGUCCUCAUACAGCAGAACUGGGCCCCUCUUUUUGUCCUAGGCCUAGCACAAGAAGGGGUGGAUUUUGACCUGAGAGAGAUUUCAGCCCCUAGCUUAUUGAAAAGAAUCCUCCUCAAUCAGUCUUUGACAGCUAGCAAUGAACUGGGCAGCUCGGCACUGGGAGCAUCUUUAGCAGAAGUUCGGAAGUUGAAGAAUUUAUUGUGGAAAUUCUGGGACCUGGACAUAAGUGCAAAAGAGUAUGCCUAUCUUAAAGGAAUUAUUCUUUUCAAUCCUGGAUGCCAUGUCUUAAAAUGUCUCUCCUAUGUACAAACACUGCAGCAGGAAGCUCAGCAAGCCUUGAUGGACUUUAUCGCAAUGAUGUUCAAUAGAAACCUAGGCAGGUUUGCUUGGAUUCUUCAGCUAAUUGCCUCUCUUCAAGACAUUGAUGCAGAUGCUAUUGAAGAACUCUUCUUCAGGCCUGUCCUAGGAGAGGCCACCCUAAAUGUAUUACAUCCAGAAACCCUAUAUAUCAAGCCACACUUGCUUUGAAAACAGAUGACAUCUGUGCUCUCAAAUACCUGUUUUUGAAGAGAUGAGAA